AAGCCUUUAAUUUUUUACACUACUUAUACAUAUCUAGCACAACGUAGCAAUACAAAAGCAUCGCCGUAUACGUGUUAUUAAUUAAAGUACGAUGAUAAAAUAGAAAUGUGUAGGCUACUAUUAUUUAUCAAAGCGCGUUCAUGUACUUUACGCUAGAUCCGCGUUCACUUGUCGUCCAUCAAACUGUAACAAUUUGAGUGAAGACCAGUCGGUGUAAUAUCCACUUAAACACGUUUUUUGUUUUGUUUUACCGUGACAACUGAAAGAUGUGGAAGUCAGUCGUGGGCCACAAUGUGAGCAUGAAGGUGGCUGCAGAGGGGGACGACUGGGAGACAGACCCUGACUUUGAGAAUGAUGUGUCAGAGCAAGAGCAGAGGUGGGGAGCAAAGACCAUCGAGGGUUCAGGACGAAAGGAGCACAUCAGUGUUGCGGAGCUCAGAAAAAAUGUCGCUGUGGAGCACGAGCAGGGGAAGCAGAAGGAUCAGACUCCCAAAGCGUCAUAUGGAUAUGGAGGGAAGUUUGGAGUUGAAAAAGACAGAAUGGACAAGGUGGCUUUGGGGCACGACUAUGUGGCACAAGUUGAGCAGCACUCCUCCCAGAAAGAUGCGGCACAAGGGUUCGGCGGAAAAUUUGGUGUUCAGAAAGACCGCGUCGACAAGACUGCCAUGGGCUUUGAGUACAAAGGAGAAGUGUCCCAACAUGCAUCUCAGAAAGAUUACUCAAAGGGAUUUGGAGGAAAGUAUGGGGUGGAGAAGGAAAAAGUGGACAAGGCAGCUUUGGGGUACGACUAUAAAGGCCAGACAGAGAAGCACCAGUCACAAAAAGACUAUGCUAAGGGAUUUGGAGGAAAGUACGGGGUGGAGAAGGAGAAGGUGGAUAAAGCUGCUUUGGGGUACGACUAUAAAGGAGAAACAGAGAAGCACCAGUCACAGAAAGAUUACUCAAAGGGAUUUGGGGGGAAGUUUGGUGUCGAGAAGGAGAAAGUGGAUAAAGCUGCUUUAGGCUAUGAUUAUAAGAGCGAGACGGAGAAACACCAGUCACAAAAAGAUUAUUCAGCAGGUUUUGGAGGUCGUUAUGGAGUUCAAGCGGACCGCAUGGAUAAGAGCGCAGCCGGCUUCUCUGACAUGGACUCCCCUACCUCUGCAUAUGAAAAGACACAACCAUUAGAGGCCUCAAGUGCAGGUGCAGGAAAACUUAAGGCACGUUUUGAGAACAUGGCCAAAGCUUCCGAUGAAGACAACAAGAAGAAAGUCGAAGAAGAGAGAGCGAAGAGACAAGCCAGAGAGAGCAGAGAGCGAGAGGUGGCCAAACGCAGACAAGAGGAAGAAAGCAGAAGAGAGGAGGAAAUUUGUCCACCACCUGUUUCAGACGUGGCUCAAGAUGAGACUCCAGAUGUGGAGUAUGAUAUGACACACCACAUGCCGGAGAUACAAGAAAUACCUGAACCAGAACCAGAGUCGGAGUCAGAGGAGGGACCAUUAUACGAGGUGCCCCCAGACUUGCCUCCACGUUCAGACACUUUUCUCGAAAUGGAUGUUCCUCCGCUACCCGACAGGUCAGCAGAUGUGGAGGAGGAUGAAGGGGAAUACGAGGAUCUUGACACGCCUCCUCCUGUGCUGACAGACGCCAAUAACGACUACGAAGACCUGUCGAGUGGCCAGAGGGCAGUAGCAAUUUAUGACUAUGAAGGAGAGGCUGACGACGAGAUCUCCUUCAACCCAGAUGAUGUCAUCACCAACAUAGAGAUGAUUGACGAGGGCUGGUGGAAGGGACACUGUCACGGACGCGUUGGUCUUUUCCCGGCAUCUUACGUUCAGCUGAUGGAGUAAGCGACACGCUUAGGGAGGUUUUGCACAAGCUUCAGUUCAACAAUCAUGUAUCUUAGGUCAUUCAACAGGGAGAACUCCCUUUAGCAGUGUAUUUAUAGAGAAAUUACAGAACAUUUGUGCCAAAAUUGCUUCUGAUUAGCAAAUUUCUUUUAUUCUGUUAUAUCUCGCUUUGGGUCUGUGGCAGAGUAUCUUGACAGUAUGACCAUAUUAAGGGCAAGCAGUUACACUUUUUUAUCUGUAAUGAACCGAUUGGAGUAAAUAAAAUAUUCUAC